AAUCACCAAUUCACCAUGGCGGCCUCCACCUCCCCAACUCCACUGCUCCUCGCCGUCCUCUUCAUCCUCCUCCUUCCCGCGCUCCUCGCGGCAGCAACGCUCCCGCCGCUGCCGCUGUCGACGGCUUCGCGGUGGGUGGUGGGCGCGGACGGGCGGCGCGUGAAGCUGGCGUGCGCGAACUGGGCGUCGCACCUGGAGCCCGCGGCCGCGGAGGGCCUGGCGCGGCGCGGCGUCGGGGACAUCGCGGCGCGCGUGGCGGGGAUGGGGUUCAACUGCGUCAGGCUCACCUGGCCGACCCAUCUCGCCACCAAUGGCACCCUCGCGUCGCUGCCGUUUCGGUGGUCGCUGGAGCGGCUCGACAUGCGGGAGUCCGUCGCCGGCGUGCGGGUCAACAACCCCGCCCUCCUCGACCUGCCCCUCAUCGAUGUGUUCCGGGAAGUGAUCUCAGCUUUGGCCAGCAAAGGUAUUAUGGUGAUACUUGAUAACCAAAUGACCACUCCCGGAUGGUGCUGCAGCAGAACUGAUGGCAAUGGCUUCUUUGGAGACAAGUACUUCGACCCUAACGAAUGGUUGAAAGGCCUCAGUGCAAUGGCAACUAUGUUUAACGACACAAAAAAUGUUGUGGGCAUGAGCUUGCGGAAUGAGCUUCGAGGCCCCAAUCAAAAUGUUAGUUUGUGGUACAGGUACAUGGCACUAGGUGCUGAAGCUGUGCAUGCAGCAAACCCUAACGUCCUGGUUAUUUUAUCAGGCCUGGAUUUCGACAAUACUCUCAGCUUCUUGCACUCCAAAAAAGCUGAGUUACAAUUUACUGGAAAGUUGGUUUAUGAGCAGCAUUGGUAUGGAUUCUCAGAUGGUGGCAAUUGGGAAAUUCGAAAUCAAAACGAUGCUUGUGGAAUGGUUGUUGAUUCCAUUUGGGCUAAAGGAUUGUUUCUACUUGAACAAGGCUGGCCAUUAUUUUUCUCUGAGUUUGGGUUUGAUAUGUCUGGCACACAUAUUGGUGACAAUCGCUAUCUUACCUGCUUUUUAAGUGUGGCAGCUGAAAUGGAUCUGGACUGGGCAAUUUGGGCUCUGCAAGGGAGUUACUAUAUCAGAGAAGGUAUUUUGGCUUAUGAUGAAUCAUAUGGAUUGCUAUCAUGGGACUGGUGUACAGCUAGAAAUCCCAGUUUCAUUAAAAGGAUCAAUUCCCUGCAAACUCCAUUUCAAGGUCCUGGUCUCCCAAACAGUAGAGAACCAUACAACGUAAUAUUCCACCCCCAAACUGGGCUGUGCGUCUUGGCAAAGGCUUCAAAGUCAGUCAAGCUUGGUCCAUGUGACGAAUCAAAUGCCUGGAAUUAUACCUCAGCAUACGAGCUAGUAGUGAAAAGCACAGGACAGUGCCUCCAAGCGACAUCUGUGGGCGAGAACGCAAAGCUUGGCACUGAUUGCAGCAAACCCAGUUCAAAGUGGCAGCUGAUAUCAAACUCAAGGAUGCACGUCUCAGCUGAGCUCACCAAAAAUGGAACCAGGGUGUGCUUGGAUGCUGGCCUUGACGGUGCCAUCAUCACAAAUCAGUGCAAGUGCCUAAGCUUGGAUCCGACAUGUAACCCUGAGAGCCAGUGGUUCAAAAUAAUCUUAAGCAGCCGGGAUACACCUGGCGGCUCCUCCAUAUUGCAGUUGCCGUCAGUUGGACCUUGGCCUCCAACCUCACUUAGUUCUUGACAGUUCGAGAUCAGCUCAUUUUCAUUUGACCAAGGAGGAAAACGUGGCAAAUUUGCAAAGUUGUACAAGCCCGUUGGAUCGCUGUAUUGCACUGCAACCUGGAAUAAAAUGUACAGUACGCAUACUCCCAAGUUCACUUCAGUCUUGUUACCCCAGAAAAUGUAAAGAAACGGAGCUGAAAUUCUUGCCUGCGCCAACUUUGUAGUGCUCUUCGUUUGAACUCUUGCGUUUCGCUAAUGUUAUUGAGUUUUGAACCGAUCUCAUUUGUACAAAGCCACAUUAAAUAAAUCAAUAAAUUUGUCGAUAUUCGCCGAGGUAUAA